UUGCUGUGGGCUUUUCCCUUUGCUGCAAGAAAUGUUCUUUGACUAGGAGAGAUCUGGGAAAUCCCGCCAAGAAAUUCAUGCAUCAUCCAUAGGCUUUUUCGCGGGAAUUCUUGCGGUGCGUCGAUGCGUGGGGCGAUGGGGCUUUUUUUACAUGAGAGUGGGGGCCCCUUGACUGAGAGAGUGAGUGAGAAAGAAUUGGCUUUUGAGGUGUCUGAGUGUGUGAAAAGUCGUUCCCUGACCACUUGAACAGCUCCCCAGACCGUUCAGUUGUAACUCGAGAAGCAGUGAGUGAAGAAGUGCCGCGUGUUUUUAGACAAGAGAAAAAUCUAUUUUUUAUUUAAGAAACUUUAGUGAAAUUUUGUGAAGUUGAGAGACUCUACAAGAGCUAAAAGGAAUAUUUUUUUUUGGAUUUUUGGAGAUUCGCGUGAAGAAAGAGUGGAGAGUGAGGCGCCAAAAUGCUGUCCUUUAUCCUCCUAUGUGCUGUCCUUUCGUCCUUUCUCCAGCUCAGUCAUCCUCUGCCAAAUGGCGCCCCUGAAACUGUUUGCUUCACACUCAUGCCCUUUCACGGUGGCGGAAUCCCUCCACAGAAUGACAUUUCACCAUUUGAAGUUCAGCCUACGGUCAAUGUGAUCGGUCAGGGGCAGACUCUUGUUGUAGAGAUUGAAGGAAUCACUCCAGAACUCAAGUUUGGAGGCUUUAUGCUUCAUGCUAGAAGCGUUACACCGCCAUAUUCAGUUGUAGGCCGUUUUAAUCCCACUUCUGAUGGCCUUGUAAAGCUCAUCAGUUGCAAUGGGCAGGACAAUACCGUCACUCAUGUAUCUCCACAGGGGAAAUCUAGAAUUGCUGUUGAGUGGGAAGCUCCAUUAGACUAUUUGGGACCGGUGGUGUUCAAUGCAACAGUUGCUCAAGACUACUCUCACUUCUGGGUAGGCAUUGAAUCCACCCCAGUUCAAGUUGUGCCCAGAGGAGGUGCCCCACCAAGUGGCGGAAUCUCCACAACGCGCCGUCCAAUAACCUCAACCCGUCCAGUGUAUGAACCUAGUCCUGUAGCGUCCAAUAUUUUAAGUACAGAUCCAAUUUACGAUGGUUGCGGAUCGACCAAGAGUUGUUUCGCCGUUCCUGACAACUGCCUAAAGCAGAGACAAUGCCAAGCCGUUGCAACGGUGACUGCCAGGGGAGAGAGGUUCUUCUUCGAAAUCAAAUCCGGUCACAAUAAUCCAGCCUACGUCGCUGUUGGCCUAUCAACAGAUGACAGAAUGAUGGAGGAUUCUGUGAUUGAGUGUGUUCCACAAGCUGGUCAGGUUAAUGUCUAUGCUUCAUGGACCGUUGCUAGACCCUACAAUGCUGUGCGACAAUCAGGAAGUCAUUUGCGUCUCCAAAAUGCUUCCUAUACCGAUGGUGUUAUCUACUGCAACGUCGAGAGGGAUGCAAGGAGCACGGUGAUGGGAAAGACAUUUGAUCUCCUCAAUGAGAAAUACUACCUCCUAUUGGCUUCUGGCAGCAGUAUUAGGGACAGUGGCGUCGCUUUCCAUGACAUCCUCUUCAGACCUACAAGCCGGAGUGCUAGGCUCACAGAUCCCACCAACUUCGAGGCAGCUUCCGUGCUCCUUUACCGACUCCAUGGGGCUUUUAUGCUGAUCGCUUGGAUUGGCACUGCUUCAGCUGGUAUCCUCGUUGCGCGCUACUUCAAACAGACCUGGGUAGGAAGUCAAAUGUGCGGCAAAGAUCAAUGGUUUGCGUGGCAUCGAAUUUUUAUGGUGACAACAUGGACCUUGACAAUGGUUGGCUUCAUCAUAAUCUUCGUGGAAGUUCAGGGUUGGUCACAAGCUCAGAAUCCACAUGCCAUCCUGGGGCUCGUCACCACAAUCAUCUGCUUCUUCCAGCCCAUUGGAGCACUCUUCCGGCCUCAUCCUGGCAGUAAGAACCGACCCUACUUCAAUUGGGGUCACUGGUUCGGCGGAAAUGCAGCCCAUAUCCUGGCCAUUGUAACCAUCUUCUUUGCCGUAAAACUACCACGAGCGGAACUUCCUGAGUGGAUGGAUUGGAUUUUGGUGGCAUUUGUUGCAUUCCACGUGUUUAUGCAUUUCGUAUUCUCGAUUGCCGGAUGUGCCAGCGACCGAAGCAGUGGCCAGAGGAUUACAGCCUUCCCCAUGACAGACAUGACACCGUCGAGGAGCUCAAUGGGAUCGGAAAGAAAACAGGAUGCUCCGUAUUCAAAGCUCAGGAAGAUCCUCUUGGGACUCUACCUCACGAUCCUCAUCCUAUUUGUGAUCGCCCUGGUGGUGAUCGCCGUUUUGGCGCCCAUUGAGACCGCCGUGAAUGAGAUCACAACCAAAAUCAACAACUAAAGAGUGUGCCUUAGUGUGUUUUAUGAUUUUUUCUUCUUCCAUGCAGUAUUUGAGAUCAUCACGUCCCUUUGAAAAUUUGCUAGAAUAACUGAUGCAUUUAUCGAGGAGGACAUUUAUUUUUUCCCAAAAAAAAAAAACAAGAACGGUCAACACACGAUCGUUUUCUCAGAAGAUGAUAUCAAUGAGGCCAUAAUGCACAAAUUUUUUCUUUAAAUAGUAUCCUCGAAAUGUGUUUUACAACGAUUUUUAUCCUUUUGAGAUCACAAAAAUUCCACUAAAUGAUCGAAAUAGUUUUUUUUCAUUGUGUAAAUUUUCUUUUUAGACUUAGGAAUGAGAAUUUUAUUUUAAUUUAAAUUUGCAAGAAAUGCGACACAAGUGCGCCGAAUAAUACGAGUCUGUAAAUAAUAUUUUAGUAAUUGUUAAGUUUUUUUUAAAUGUAAAAAUAUUGUGUAAUUUUUUAUUAAUUUUAUACAAUAAAUCAUAACAUAGAA